UGUCUUCUAGGGUUUUACAGGCAGCGGUGGCGGUGAGGAUGGAGAGCGUGAGAGGCGGCGCGCCCGUCGACAAGGCUGUGGAUUUCGCGAAUUACUUCUGCACCUACUCGUAUCUCUAUCACCAGAAGGAUAUGCUGUCGGAUCGGGUGAGAAUGGAUGCCUAUCACUCGGCCGUGUUUAAGAACAAGCGCCAUUUCCAGGGAAAGACUGUCUUGGACGUGGGGACUGGGAGUGGGAUUUUGGCGAUUUGGUCGGCGCAAGCCGGUGCUAAGAAGGUGUACGCGGUGGAAGCUACAAACAUGGCUCGCCACGCGCGGAGCUUGGCGAGCGCGAAUGGAGUGAGCCACAUUGUGGAAGUGAUCGAGGGGUCGAUUGAGGAUGUUUCCAUUCCCGAGAAAGUCGAUGUGAUCAUCUCCGAGUGGAUGGGCUACUUCCUUGUUCGUGAAUCUAUGUUUGAUUCGGUGAUUUAUGCGCGUGAUCGUUGGCUCAAACCAUCUGGAUUGAUGUAUCCCAGCCAUGCUCGUAUGUGGUUUGCUCCCAUAAAGACCAAACUCGUAGAGCAAAAGAAUCAAGAGUAUCAGAAAUCACUGGCGGAUUGGAGCUACUUUUCUCAAGAGCUAAACGAGGCGUAUGGUGUUGAUAUGAGCACCCUGACAAUGCCAUAUCACGAGGAGCAAAAAAAAUACUACUUACAGACGUCCUUAUGGUCGAACUUAUAUCCGGGUCAAGUGAUUGGCGACCCGGUUGUUGUUAAAGAGAUCGAUUGCUCCAAUGCAACGCUCCAGGACAUUGCUGCUGUGAAGUCGCGAUUUUCGUUUACACUUUCUGGAAGCGAUAGGCUCUGUGGAUUUGCCGGCUGGUUUGACGUUCACUUUCGGGGGAAUGCGUCGAAUCCAGCGGACAAGGAAGUCGAGUUGACAACCUCUCCAAGUGACACUGACACAACACACUGGGGCCAACAGGUUUUCCUUCUCCAGCCUCCACUCGUGAUCGAAGACGGCGAUGUAGUCCAAGGCUCGAUCGAGAUCACACGCUCCAAAGACAAUCACCGGCUCAUGGAUGUCAAGAUCACUCACGAGCUUCGCUCGUCGGGAGAACAGUUUUAUCCGGCAACGGUUUGCAACUUCUUUAUCGAGUGAAAACUAAGAUUUUCCUGAUUCUUUCAAGCAAAACUAUAGACAUUGACACUCACGAAAGGGUACCACCUCUUCAUGACUUAAUAUUAACUAUUCCUUUUUCA